CCACUCAAGUCUCUCUCAUCUCACUUAACCUGAUCUCGCCUCUCACUUCUGUGUCCCUGUUACUUAGCUCAGGAAUUUUCCACACCUCCCCUGGGAGGUACUUCACUUUUGAUUUUUGCUCAACCCAUCUUCACCUUUGCUGUGAAGACCGCCUGCACUGCGUAUAAUACCUUACGGGAAACACUUCACAGUCUUCCUCCACUCAAUUCAUACUUUUUCUAGCAAUCAUUUUAUUACGUCUAAGGACAGAUCAGGGGCAUAAGGAUGCACAAUGGGUUGCUGUUUUUCAAGAUCACCUAGCGAUCCGGGGGAAGCUAUUAGGAUAUCUCACAUUCAUGGUAACCAAACCUCCAUGGAGCAGGAGCAACAGCAACCUCGUGUCGAACAUACGCUGCCUCUACGGGAUAGAUUCAACCUUCCUCUUCACCGCCAUAUUUGGGUGUCCAAGGUACCCUUGACCGCGGGGCAGCUGCGGCUCCGGAGGGAGGAGUACUUUGAUACGCGUGUUACAGGACGAAUGGAGAUUUGGAACGCGAUUAGGAUGGCUGUGGACGUUCUGGAUGAGGAUCUGGAAACAGCGCAGCAGAUACUUAAUGCUGCCGGGAUUUCUAUCCCUACCGGCGACCUGAGAAACGGGGUCUUUGACGAACUCGGGAACCGCUAUGACCUCCCAGAGUACUGCGUAUCCAUACCCAUGAACCUGCUGCAGACUCCUGAUGGUGGGGAUGAUAUAGAAGAGAAGGGGGCCGAAACCGACAAUGAGGAAACGGAUAUCAGGAGGGAGGAAAAGGGAAAGAUGCCGAUCCAUCUUCAAGAAAAUAUCUAUUCCGUCACUGCCAGGCUUUCCGACCGAGGCGGCCCUGAUAUCAUGGUGCGGUUUGCCAAGAGCGAUCAUGUCCGGGUGAUUGCAAGGAGGAUCUUGGAAAAUGCGGGGAUCCCGCCGGAUCAAUUCAAGAUCCGGAUUGCGUAUCUAGGGAAGAUACUUAAAGAUACUGAAACCCUUCAUGAGAACCACUGGGUUGAUGGCCAUCUUGUCAAUGCUCUCGUGUUUCCAAGGACUCGAUUCUAGUUAAACUGUUUGGUUUUAUCAACCCAUUUACACCUCUCGCUUCCCAGAUCCACCAAUCCCUUUCACAAUUGUCUCUCUCGUAGAUCGGACAGGCCUUGGAGCACAGAGCGCUGCUUGCUUUCCUCACUUUCUCUCUCAUUGCUAAAUCGCCGCUUUCCUUACUUUUUUCCUUUUUUUUUGUUUCUUGGUGGCACAAUUCCACGAAAACAUUUAAUUUUUACCGGCAUCUUUUGCUAAUGCUGCUUUUUCUCUCACGUUUCUUCAUUAUGAGGUGGUUGGGACGGCGUAAUUGGUUUUCGCGAGUGGGGGCGAAGUGUUGGGGAUGGGCGCGGCGGGGAGAGGGGAGCAGAGAGUUGUACAUUGGGGUUUCUAAUAGGGGGCGUUUGUGGAAGAGGUGGGUAACCCACUGGCUUUUGUUAGCUUUGGUGGCGAUGCGAAGACGUGGUUCGGCGUGAUGGGCCUCUAAGGAGGAUUGCUCUAGGCGAUUUGUUUAUAUCCCAUACCGUAUAUUUUCAACUAUUCAAUAUUUGUACUAUACCAUACUAGACAUGCACCCUCUAUCUAAAAAUGAA